AUGAGUGCUGUUCUUCCUUUUAAGCCUGUAUUUAAAAGCCGACAAGAAGUCACAGACUUUACUUCAAAUCUUUUAAGAAAAGGUGUGACAGAUCAAAUAAUAAAAGAGAAUUGGUUGGCGAUUGCGAAUUUAUAUUUUAAAGUGGGAGAUACAGCCCAGGCUAAAACUUAUUUAGUUGAACUGUUGACACUUAAGCCGUAUGAUAGUGAGGCUAACAAGGCAAUUGCUACAAUAUAUCGACUUGAAGGGAAAUAUGAAAAAGCUUUAGAGUAUUAUGAAAAGAUUUAUUAUUCUUUUGGUAUACAGAGUUGUGGAUAUGAUGCUGCCGAAAUCUGUUUAAUACUCGCAAAGAAGACUAAACAAGAUAAGCAGAUCAAGAAAUAUGUGAGGAAAGCCUUACACUUCUUAAAACGCAAUGAAAAGACACUGAAAAAAGUCGAUCAACGAAUUAUACAAUUAUAUACUGAGGCAUACACGAUUCUCGUUAACCAUGCAGAAAAACAAUUAGAGACACGUGGUUGCUUGAAAUACCGUGUUGGUAAACCAAUUGCUCCGAACAUUGAAUGGAUCGAAGAUUCAAAAAACGAUUUGAUAGUUAUUCAGGAGAAAUACAAGAAUCCAGAAUUGGACAUCAUUCUUAUGAGGGCUUUGCUAAAGAAACGCGAGUUCAACACUGUCCGAAAACAUAUAUUAAAGAACCGUUAUCAUUUUUCCGAAAGUUGGGAAUGGAAUACUUAUAUCAAAAACACCUUCUGGGAGAUUUAUGUAACAAACUGGUCUGACAAAUAUAAAGAAAUAUUACGUACGCAAGAAUUAUUUUAUUCUUCUUAUGAUAAUUUGGUGCGAAUCGCAUUGGAAUCAAGGCAUGUAAAGUCUUGGGGAUUUAUCUCUCCUUCUCAUUGCGAAACGCCUCAAGAAUAUUUGUAUUAUGAGAAAAUAAAGGAAAAAUGGAAUCUGGUUCAUCAAGAAUAUCAAUCAAAAAUUCAUCGACAUGACGCAUUUUUUCAACUAAUUCUCGCAAAUCUUGGAUUACUUCAAUCUGAAAAAAUGAAUGCCUUUCCAAAAGUGCAAGAUUCUCUCCACGCCGCAUAUACUAAAUUGAAAGACGCGCUAAGAUAUCGAAGAAAUUCAUUCAAUGAUUCACCAGAGAAAUUUAAUCACUUCACUUACUUGAUGUGUCAACGCCUCAGCGAGGUCUCGGAACGUUUGUUUUCCUUAUUGUAUUGUUUUGAUUAUCGAUGGCUUAAUAUGAAAAGUGAUGCGCAAUCCAUGUUGAGACCGCAAAGCGAGUAUGAAGAUGACGUGACGCAAAGAUUUGUAUUGCCGAGGCAUAGUCAUUUGCUAAAAGUGUUAUGUAAAGAGUAUGAUAAAAACUCGAUUUUGGAAUACGAAGAAUUGAGAUGGGUUGUGAAAAAUUCUUUUCAAAUUGACAAGGUUGCACACCACUCACCGUAUAAUUUGGACAGUUUUCUGAUGGUAGCUGCUUGGUAUGUAGAAAAUGGUCAAUUACGGGAUUGGCUUCGUUCUCUAUUUUCUAGACUUCAAGAAUAUUCAAAGGUACAAAAAGACUUUGUUCAAGAUCAAGCUUUAUCGCCGUUAAAUAAAAGAGACUCUGAUUCAAGGGAACGAUUUUUUGACGAAAGAACACCUACCUUGAUGGACAUAGAGAAUUUCCUUAUAAUACUACUGAUACAAAGACAUUAUUAUUGUGUCACCAAACUUGAGAAAUUAAAUGCCAAAAUUUUAGGUCAAAUAAUGGAUAUAGCUCACCAAAGAUUUUGGGCCCCAAGUGAAACGCAUCGUAAAUUCUGGCAUACAUUAUUAAGACACUACGGAAAGGAUGAACCAGAUAAAGUUCCUUACAAUGUCGUAGAAAUGUCACACGAAGAAUUUAUUCAAUGUUUGAGAGAAAUCCGGGGUGAUAUUAAUCCUAAAGAUUACGUGUAUACAAAGGACAAAGAUGGAAAAUCCUUUUUGAGUUUACAGCGUGAUCUAUUUGGCAUAAUGGUUCAUUUAUUCAAGGAUAUACACGCGAGACAUCAUAAACAUCGAUAUAUCGAAGGAUUCAUAUACGCUGACCUAUAUGAAAAAUGGGAUCAAAGGAUGCAUGAUAACCUAAAGAAUUCAAAGAAGAAUCGGAAAAGAAAAUUACGAUUUCUUAUUUUAGACGAUAAAAUUAGUCACCCUGGAUAUGGACAACUUAAUCCUGACUUUGACUAUGAAGGAGCCGAUGAGUUAUCUGAAUCAUUCACUUCCUAUUUUGCAGAAGUUGCGGAAAAGAGCCAAAUUUGGGACACAUCAAUAGACAACGACGAAAUUUCAGAGUUAGAUCAGAUUUCUUAUUACGGGGUUUCUAUUUUACCGGAUACUUUGGAAAUCUCUGUAUCGCCGCCAACGCCAGAAAAUGAGACUAACGGUGGACCUUCACAUUAUCCCCGGAACGAAUCGAACAUUGAUAACGAUAAAUAUCCUUUAAGACAUAUACACAAAGGAAAGCAAAAUGUAAAGGACACUUUACCGUUAUUUUCAGAUAAAUCCUCUAAUGGUCAAUCUCUUUUCUCGUCAAGUAAAGAUUCCUAUGAGCAUCAACAGGAUGAAACUGACUUCCAGCAUGGUUAUCUUAAUGGAAAUUCAAGCGAUUAUAGUAGCGAUAAUUCGGAGACAGAAAGCUCACUAUCACAUGAGAUUUUAUCUUCGCAGACGGAAAGCUCGUUGUCACUUAAUAAUGUUCCAUCGGAUGGUGAUGUGUCUUUUUUGAUAGAAGAUCAAGAUCAAAAUUUAGGCGAUGAAUGGAAUAUAAGUGUGAUUGAAUCUUCAAAAGACCCGAUUAUUAAUGAUCACAAUGGAAAAUUGGAUCAACAAGUGCCUAGUUCGGAAGAAAAUUUUCUUGAAUCCGACAUUUUAGAUUCAGAAAUAUUGGAAAAAGAUGAUGAUUAUGAGCAUGACAACAAUCAAGAACUUGAGCAUUGUGAUGGACAGAUUUCGUCCAAUAUAAGUAAUGAAGUAUCUUCAAAGAACUUAAAUGACGAAAAUCUUUCAAAAAUCAAAAUUGUGAAUGGGGACACUCGAGAAUCACAAGAUCUAGAAUCUUUGAAUUCUAAUGAAAGUAUCGAUCUUAAACUUGAUGGUUUACCAGUUAAUAAUGGUGAAAAAAAGGCACAGAUAGCUUAA